AUGUGCUUACUCGAGAUAGAUUUCUUUGAUAUGGAUGCCUCAGCAGUCAGGCUAUGGUUUCCCCUUGGGGUGUGCUUCUUAAGACUCCGUGGCAUUAUCAUCUACAUCACAGCUGUGCCGUCAGCUGGGGAUCAAUCUGUCCUGUUUCUCACGGUUGGUGCCAACACCCCGACCGCCUGCUGCUUCUCCUACAUCUCCUGGCAGAUCCCGUGUAAAUUCAUGGAUGACUAUUAUGAGACCAGCCGCCAGUGCUCAAAGCCCAGUGUCAUCUUCCAAACCAAAAGAGGCCAGGAGGUCUGUGCCGACCCCAAUGAGGACAGAGUCCAGGAAUACAUCACUGACCUGGAGCUGAGUGCCUGAGUGGCCUGGGAGCUGCAGGGAAGGUGUUACAUCUAUGGUAGAUGGGGGAGCAGGACAGUAACCCUGGGACUCCAAAAGGCACCUCUUCUGUGGGUCACAUCCCCG